GAACAUGGCGCGCUACAUAUUGUCACAAAAGUGUGUGUUUAGGUUCAUUCAAGGAUAUAACAGCAGUCAGCGAUUCACCCAAAACCAUGUUUGUGCAUUUACUAACGACUCCAUUCCACAUGUGAUACACGACAGACAAAAUCAGCGUUUCACUGUCGCCUGUGAUUCAGAAGACAAAUCAGUGUUGAAAUACACCUCCAGGGGUGACGGACAGGUGGAGCUGAUAUCUACAGAAGUUCCUGAAUCACACAGGGGUAAAGGUGUAGCAGCACACCUGGCCAAGGCUGCUCUGGACUUUGUCAUUGAAGAAGAUCUGAAAGCAAGAAUAUCCUGCUGGUACAUCAGAAAAUAUGUGGAUGAAAAUCCACAUCUUGGAUACCAGGCUUACAUUAAAGACUGAUGCCACAAAUAAACCCGAAACACCUCGACAGAUUCUACCUCAAUGUCAUCAAACUACCAAACAUGAUGUCCCGAGGGCAUUUGUGCAAUAUUUGCUUUUAGUGAGGGUAAUAUUAAACCAUCCAAAUAAAAGUAGUAUGUUAGACAAAUGCAUGGUGCUAAACCUGGUUAAAGUAUUUAUUUAUUUGAAAAAAGGCUAACAAUAACGUAUCAAGAAUAUUUCAGCAUGGGCUUUAUUCUUGUGCACAAAAUAUGCACAGAAAACAAAACACUCGAUGAAUAUUGAAUAUGAAUAUUUUGUUAAUCCUGUGUGGUUUCAGUCAUUCCAACACGUGUUUGUAUGUGUUAUGUGUCAUUUUUGCCAAGCCUCAUUAAAUUCUUCUCAAGCUUUACAUCGCACUCCAAACACAACUAAGCAUUUACAUCAGUUUCAACAUCUAGUGGGACCUAAAUAACAGAAACCACUAGUGAAAUUUUCUUAUUUGAUAUUUUAUUACAAAAAUAAAUCAUUAGAAGAAUAGUUUGACUAAAAACGGAGGAAGUGAUACUGUUGCCGAAAUAGUGGGUUUUGUGAUGAGGCCUGGCAGACUGCCCCAGUUCCAGAGGUGUUGAAUAGAGGUUCAGAAGCAUGCCAAUGAAAUCUUAAUAAAGAC